UCUCUCUCACUCACACCCUCUCUCUCACUCACACCCUCUCUCUCACACACACCCUCUCUCUCACUCACACCCUCUCUCUCACACACCCUCUCUCCCUCUCACUCACCCUCUUUCUCACUCACACCCUCUCUCUCACACACACCCUCUCUCUCUCACACACACCCUCUCUCUCUCACACACAUCCUCUCUCACUCACACCCUCUCUCUCUCACACACACCCUCUCUCUCUCACACACACCCUCUCUCACUCACACCCUCUCUCUCUCACACACACCCUCUCUCACUCACACCCUCUCUCUCUCACACACACCCUCUCUCUCACACACACCCUCUCUCUCACUCACACCCUCUCUCUCACACACAUCCUCUCUCACUCACACCCUCUCUCUCUCACACACAUCCUCUCUCUCACACACACUCUCUCUCACUCACACCCUCUCUCUCUCUCACACCCUCUCUCUCACACCCUCUCUCUCACACACACCCUCUCUCUCACUCACACCCUCUCUCUCUCACACACAUCCUCUCUCACUCACACCCUCUCUCUCUCACAAACAUCCUCUCUCACUCACACCCUCUCUCUCACACACACCUUCUCUCUCACACACAUCCUCUCUCACUCACACCCUCUCUCUCUCACACACAUCCUCUCUCACUCACACCCUCUCUCACACACAUCCUCUCUCACACACACCCUCUCUCUCUCACACACCCUCUCUCUCUCACACACCCUCUCUCUCUCACACACCCUCUCCCUCUCUCUCACACACCCUCUCUCUCACUCACACCCUCUCUCUCUCACUCACCCUCUCUCUCACUCACACCCUCUCUCACACA